AUGACUUCGAAAGACAAUCCUGUUGACCAAGACCUAGCUGAGGAGGAUGGCCUCAUUGAGGCCGUCUACAGAUUCAACGUUAACCCGAAAAAAAACAUUGGAUAUUUGUGCGAAUACAAAGGACUUGAAUGCAAUCCAAAGAACAUUGCUCAUUUAAUGCAUACAGUACCUGGAUUACUCGGAGACCAGAUCGGUGAUUAUCUUGCCAGGGCUGGAAACGAAGAACUACUCAGAGCAUAUUUCAAUGAAUUAGAUCUAAAAAAGCCUUUCCUAGACGCCCUUCGAGUUAGCUUAAACGGAUCCAUGUUCUUACCAGGCGAGUCCCAAAUGAUUGAAAGAGUCGUAGAACAAUUCUCAAGAUGUUAUAUGGAACAGAACCCAGGAAUUUUCCCUAAUGAAGACGCUCCCAUUGUCAUUUCAUUUGCUUUAAUUAUGCUUAAUAGCGAUUUACACAAUCCGAACGUGAAGAGCCGUAUGACGGGCCCACAAUUCGUUUCUAACCUCCGUGGCGCACUCCCAACAGGUAUAUACACUGAUGACCAGCUUAUGCAGAUGUAUAAUAACUUACACGCCAAUCCAUUCCACUUCCAGGAAAAGUCCAACGAAUUUCUCGCUUUGUCAGCUCCUAAAAUGCGUGGAGAACUUGAAAAGAAGUCCGACAAGUUCUUCUCGUUCUGGUCAAAACACUAUUUCGUUUUGGCAAACUCAUGUUUAUACUAUUUCAAAGAUAACUCAGUUAUUUCCAAAGAUAAGCCACUCGGUAUGAUUCAACUCGUCGGUGUAGACAUUGCCGAGCACAACGGAACAAUUAUUUUGACAGGAGAAGCAGGAAGUAAACUACAAUACGUAAAAUUCAAGAAAAACAGACCGCGGAAGAUCGACGAUACACAAAGAAUGUAUUUCAGAGCACCCAAUGCUGAAAUGCAUACCAAAUGGUUACGUCAUAUCCAGCAUUCCCGUAUUAUUGGUGGAUUUACAGGCGCACAGCUUAUGCCUCCAUCAGAUCUUGCCAUGGAACCACAAGAGCCAGCGCCAAAGACCCUCGAUCUGCCAAAACCAGCCCAACUUAAGCCAAUUGGCCCAUCCGCGAAGAAUAUUCCAACUCCAAAGCGUAGCGACUCAGAAUAUUCAUCAUCUACAUCGAAGGCAUCAUCAGAGAGAAUCCACAUCAAGAAGAAAAACCUUCUCCAGGAUAUUAUGAACGAAGAAAAGCGCGAACAAGAGAAUCAAGCCAAACAUGAGGAAGAAGAAAAGCCAGAACCAGCACCAGCAGAACAGGCACCUCCUGUUCAACUCUUGGUCCCUCCAGAAGAGCAAAAACCAGAUAAUACCAAAAAUGAUCAAGAUGCGGAAGAAACAAAACCAGCAGACGUUAAAGGAUCAUCAUCUUCAUCAUCUUACACAUAUUCUACAAGCAGUAAGAAAGAAGAGAAAAAGCCAGAACCAAUUCCAGAAGAAAAACCAAAACAGGAACAACCAGAGGAACAACAGAUCAAAAUACCUCAUAAAGAUGAGGUAAAAACUACGAAAUCUCCAAAGAAAGAGAGAAAGAGCCACAAUAAGAAAAAUGAUGAGUCCAGUGAGUCUUAUUCUUACUCCUACUAUACUUACUCUUUCAACUAA